AUGGCGAUCGGCGGCGGCGGCGGAGGCGGGAGCUGGAGCAUCCACGGCCGCCCGGAUGUCACCUCCCGCUACGAUGUCCUCGGACGCGCUGGCUCUGGCGCCUACGCCGACGUCUACCGCGGCCGUCGCCGCUCCGACGGCGCACCGGUUGCCCUCAAGGAGGUCCAUGACGCUGUCAGCGCCCAGCGCGAGGUCGACGCCCUCCUCGCCGCCGCCUCUGAGUCCUCCCCUCAUGUCAUCACGCUCCUCGACCACUUCCCCGGUGGCGACCACGACGACGACGUCCUCGUCCUUGAGUGGCUCCCGCUCGACCUCGCCGCCGUCGUUCGCGAAGGGAGGCGCGCGGGCGGCCUCCCUGCCGGCCAGCUCAAGAGAUGGAUGCUGCAGGUCAUCGAAGGCGUCGCCGCCUGCCACCGCGCCGGCCUCGUGCACCGCGACCUCAAGCCCGGAAACCUGCUCAUCUCCGAGGACGGGGUCCUCAAGGUCGCGGACUUUGGUCAGCUGCUGUGCUCCGACAUGGAGGUUAACUAUCUUGGAAUUAAAAUCGCCAGGAUUCUUCAAGAACAGCCAUCUGAUGAACCGGAAAUUCCUGCUGCUCAGGAGCCAGAGACACUCACUGCAGCUGAUUACCUACAUGAGAUUGACCAACUCCGGGCCAAGUCCACUUAUGGAGAUGUUGACAGAAUGAGCCUUCAGGAUGGAAACACCUCCUGUCUUGCCACUUGCAGCACAGCUGACAUCGACGAUGAUCCAUUUAGAGCCUCAUAUUCGUAUGAUGCUGAAGAAGACAUCGGGGAUGAAGAGUCUGGUGCCUUCACUUCUUGCGUUGGAACACGGUGGUUUAGAGCUCCUGAGCUCCUAUAUGGGUCAACCAGCUACGGCCAAGAGAUCGACCUGUGGUCACUAGGAUGCAUUUUGGCUGAGCUUCUCAGUUUAGAGCCCAUAUUCCCAGGCCAAUCUGAUAUUGACCAGAUUGGUAGAAUCAUCGGAGUCCUCGGCAAUAUCACAGAAGAGUCCUUUCCUGGCUGUUCAAAUUUACCCGAUUACAACAAGAUCUUCUUCAGCAAGGUUGAGAAGCCUACGGGCCUCAAAGCAUCACUUCCUAACAGAUCUGCCUCUGAGGUUAGCAUAGUAAAGCGGCUACUUUGCUAUGACCCAGCAAAGAGGGCUAGCGCUUCCGAAUUGCUGAAUGAUCCGUACUUCACUGAAGAACCCUUACCCGUACCUACCGAGGCGCUACAAGUCCCGGCAUCAAAGGGCGAGGACGAUGACAGCUCUGCGGAAGAAUGGGGUAAUUACAGGGACGGCAAUUCGGAUUCGGACAUUGACGAAUUCGGCAGCAUGGAUGUCACCAAAACUGACAAGGGUUUUAGCAUACGCUUUUAG